AGUUUAUAGGAGGUCAUACCCUGUCGGGAGGGACGGACGGUACCCGGCUGCUGACGUAACCCAGGAGAUUUCUGUAACGAAGGGCAGACCUUGGUUCUCUGUGUGCCCAGCCGGGGGGGAGAUGACGACGCUAACGCACCGAGGGCGGCGUGCUGAGGCGGGAAGGAACUCGGAGAAGAAGCCUGACGGCGAGGAAGAUGCGGCUGCGGACCUGAAUGACGAUGAUCCCGACGACUCCAAAGAUAUCCGCCUCACGCUGAUGGAGGAGGUGCUGCUCCUGGGGCUGAAGGACAAGGAGGGCUACACCUCCUUCUGGAAUGACUGCAUCUCCUCAGGCCUGCGGGGCGGCAUCCUCAUCGAGCUGGCUCUGCGUGGCCGGGUCCGCCUGGAGCCGCUUUCCAUGAGGAAGAAGAGGCUUCUGGAGAGGAAGGUGCUCCUGAAGUCAGACACACCGACCGGUGACAUCUUGCUGGAUGAGACUCUCCGACACAUCAAGGCCACGGAGCCUGCGGAAACGGUGCAGACCUGGAUAGAGCUGCUCACUGGGGAGACCUGGAACCCCUUCAAGCUGCAGUACCAGCUGAGGAACGUGCGUGAGCGCAUUGCCAAGGCGCUGGUGGAGAAGGGCAUCCUCACCACGGAGAAGCAGAACUUCCUGCUCUUUGACAUGACCACCCACCCCGUCAGCAACGCCACCGAGAAGCAGCGCUUGGUGAAGAAGCUCCAGGAGAGCAUGCUGGAGCGGUGGGUGAACGACCCCCACCGCAUGGACCGCAGGACUCUGGCUCUUCUGGUGCUGGCCCACUCCUCAGACGUGCUGGAGAACGUUUUCGCCAGCCUGGCAGAUGACAAGUACAAUGUGGCAAUGAACAGGACCAAGGACCUCCUCGAUAUGGACCCUGAGGUGGAAGCAGCCAAAGGCAUGGGCUCAGAGAUGAUCUGGGCUGUCCUGGCAGCCUUCAAUAAGUCCUAAAAAGCCCCCGAACCCCCCAAACCAGGUGGGGGAGCCUCACUCACUUAACGUGAGGCCAGGGGUAUUUGGGCUCAGCUCGGGGAGGCUGGGGGGGGUUCGCUCUCCCCUCCCCUGCGUGGGCAGCUCCCUCAAAGGCUGGCGCCUCCGGGGAGAGGUGGCAGCGGCUCUUCACUCUCCUUCCAGUGCUCCUUGCCUGCGGGCUUCCUUCUCGGGCCAGCGCAGAGCUGGGAGGUAGCCCAGCCCUGCCUCUGUGUGCAGGAGCAGAGCUGCUCAGAUGGGCCAGACCUGGCAGAAAUGGGCCAGACCUGGCAGAAACGGGCCUGCGGAGCAGCCUGCGCCCCCGGUGCCCCAGCUCGGCCAGCGGCCUCUGUGGCUCCCUCUCCCAGGCACAGGUCUUGCCUGUGAGCUGCCAGGGCAGUGCGGGUUCCCGUACGGAGCACGCUGACAUUCUCCUGGGGUGGGGAGGGGGCAGGGGCUGGUUCAGGGGUGGCCGGUGGCUGGGACCACCCUGUGUGCUGGCUGGCAUGGGGCAGCCCAACGCCCUCGGCUCGUGUCGCCCUCGAGGAGCAGCUCUGCAGACCGUGGAGCUGUGCCCUGGGCUGUGCCCCCGUUGUGCACCCCCUCUUCCUAGUAAGAGGAAGAGUUAAACUGUGAUUUUUAAUUCUUUUUUUUAUUCCUCCCCCGUCCUCCCUCCACCACUUUCAUCUCCUGUAGUUCAUUGAAACGUGUUUCUCUGCA